AUGGCGCUCAAGGUAUGGCAUCAGUUAACGCCCUAUCUAGUUUUCAACUGUUUUGUCUUUCUUCUCGGGGCCGUGAUGUUCGGCAUUGACACCGGCUCCUUUGGUUCGUUGCAAGCCCUUCCGUCUUUUUUGAGCCGAUUUGGAACCGUGAAUGCCAAGGGGAAGUUCGAGCUGUCACCGACGCGGAAAUCGUUGAUGAACUCAUUGCCAUGGACGGGCAAGAUACUUGGUUGUGCUUUGGUGGAAAGGAUUAUCGAGACUCUUGGCUACAAGAAAACCAUGUAUGUGGUCGGAACAAUUCAGAUCGUGGGAGUUAUUAUCGAAUUGACAGCACACAACUGGGCACAGUUCACUGUCGGCCGUAUAGUGGCCUACUUCGCCGUGGGGCUGGUCGAGAACGUUGUGCCCGCCUACAAUGCCGAGACAGCCCCCGCAGCUGCACGAGGUCUUUUGUCUGGUUCAAUCAUGGCUGUUACAGGUCUCGGAAACCUUCUGGGGGCCGGACUGUCGCGGGCAUACGCGACCACAGAAACGCGGAAAGGUUGGAUGAUCCCAACGGGAAUCCAGCUCGUUCCUGCCGUCUCGUUCCUCGUCCUGGUGCCUUUCACCCCGGAAUCUCCGCGGUGGUUUGUCCUCAAGGGUCGUAAGCAAGCGGCCAAAGCUACCCUCGACAAGAUCAGACCGAAGCAUGAUGUCGACAACGGAGCCACGGCCGCCGAAGUGGAAGCUAUCGACUACCUGAUCGAAGAAUCCCGGGCCAACGAGCGUGGGUCUUGGUUGGAUAUCUUCCGCGGCAACUACUUAAGACGAACCUGGAUCUGCGCGACACUGUUCGUUCUGGAACAAAUGAACGGAAACCAGUUUGUCCUCUCCUACGCUCCUACAUUCUAUGUACAACAGGGUCUAGGCUCCAUGUCCUUCACCUACAACAUCAUCGGCGGGGCGAUUGGGGUCGUUGGAUGUCUGGCAGGGCUUUUUCUUUUCGACAUUACUGGACGUCGUCCCUUAUUCAUCAUGGGCAGUGCCGUGGCAACCUUCCUUCUCUACCUCGCCUCAGGUCUAGGUUUGAUCCGUAAUCCGAACCACAACGAGACCUAUACUCUGGUCGCCUGCUUCAUGAUACUUCCUGCUUUUUGUCGGAUCUCCGCCUCGAACUGUGCUUUCCUGACAGGCGCAGAGAUUGGAGGAGUGCGCAUGAGGAAGAAGAUAAUGGCAUUCGGUACAGUCUGCGAUGUCGUGGCUGCCUUUCUAGUCACCUUCGUAACACCGUACCUGUUACCGGGCAUGGGCGUCAACAUUGGCUGGAUCUUUGGGUCUGUUGCACUAUUUUCCACUCUCUGGGGAGCUCUGUUCUUCCCAGAACUCAAGGGUCGGUCUCUGGAAGAAGUGGACGAGCUGUUCGCGGCCAAGCUCCACGCAUGGCAGUUCAAGAAGUACGAGACGCAUGGAACGGGCCGGCUGCUGACAACGAUCGAAAAUGAAGGAGUCGCUCUGCCGGUGAAGGCCCAGGAGCCGAAGGCUGAAGUUACGCACUCCGAGAUCAUUACGACGAAAUCUGCGGGCGAUUGA